AUGGCCGUUCUCAACAACCUCCGACCAGUCCCAGUUCAUGACCCGGUCCUCGAGUCCGCUGACAUGCUCCCCAAAGUCAGCGCCACUCGCCUUCUUCGCGCCUCCGGGGCAGAAAAUCAGGCCCUCGUCGAUAUCCAUGAGCUCCUCAUCCGGCUUUACAUACGCAAUCGCAACCAGCAUCGCCGUAGCCACUGGUUUAAGAGCCUCUGUCAGUUCAGGAAACAGCUUGGCCUUCUGAUUGGCGAGAUCGAGAAUAGCAAGACAAGUGCCCUCCAGCAGCGUCUCCGCUUCUGGGAUGAGCGGUGUAUUCACCAGUGGUACCUCACUUUCACUCAGCUCGUUGCUGCUGGCCAGUUUGCGGUCAUGGGGCUGGUGCUCAUGGCUGCCACAGCCCGAAUCUGCAAGAUCUCGGGCAUAACCGAGUUCUAUGAGGAGAUCGGCUCCGAGGACAUGAAGGCGGUCCUCCGGAGUGUAGAUGAGGGUACCCUAGUAGAAGGAUGGGGGGAGUUGGUGGCGGAGGAGCAAGAGGAAGAGGAGGGCAUGGAUAUGGGGGUCGUGAUUCAGCGUGACGAGUAG